AUGCGGUUCUACAAGCCUAUCUUCCGGUGCGAAUUCGAGGGGGUUGCGGAGACGCAGAGUGUCGUGUUGGAAAAGGACGUGAAGUGUGACGUUGAUGUCCUCAUCAUGGAGAGUGUCUCAGGCUACAAGGUCAAGGCGAGCCCCCGUCUGGUGGACCGUUGGCUGGAUGCUGUUGUGCAUGUUGCUGGCUCUGCUCCCAUCUUCCUGCUGAUCAUUAGCGGUCUCCUCACAUGGGCUCUUAUGGGCAUCCACUUUGGUCAAUCGGAUGUCUGGGUGGCCAUGAUCUCGGAUGUGCAGGCCAUUCUGUGCUAUGUGUUUGACUCGUUCCUGAUGCGCCAACUCCUUCGAGAGUAUUCGGAGCAGCGAUCGGCUAUGAUUGAGAUUAAAUCUCGUGGCAACAGUCACCGCCGCAUGCUGGGCAAUUUCAAGGAGAAGAUGGGCUCUGAGGCUAUUCGAAGAAUUGCUGAGAAGUGCGGUGGUGAGCACCUGCAUCCCCUGGAUCAUGGACUGCGGACGCAAAGCCUUUUCGCCCGGUGCAUCAUCUUCUCUGCAAAACUGUUCGGUCAUAUCAUCGCGGUCGGUCUAUACUGGGUAGGUAUUUUUGUUUGGCUUGGAUUCGGUCAUCACUGUGGCUGGUCAGACCGGUGGCAACUGUACAUCAACGACGCCACCUCGGCGCUAAUGAUCUUGGUAUUCGCAUUCCUGGCUUGCCUUCGUGAAUGCUAUGCCGACUACACCAACACCUGUGUCGAUGCCAUCUUCCGACUCGACUCGACCCUUGAGAAAGAGCUCCGCCGUCUCAGCCAAGACGAUCUGCCCAACGCCACUGAGACCAUUAUGCCACCGAAGGAGACCUACCUCCAGGUCGUCAUCUUUUACUAUGCCGACGUCAUCGGUACAUUGGUGGGAAUCAUCAUUCUCUUGCUGGUCAUUAUUACCUGGGCGGCUGUUGGGCCUGUCUUCCAGUUUAAUAACACCUGGUGGCUUCUCAUCGGCACAUAUGCCGGACUGGUUGGUCUUUUCGAUAGCUUCGUUCUUCGCAACAUCCAAGGGAAAGUUCACCAGUACAUCGAAAGCCAGAUCGACGACCUGGAUGAGGACGACAAGAUAAUUUUUAACGGACUAUCGUUGCCGACGCCUUCCGCCGACAAGCCAAAGGAGCCCUCUCUUAGUCGACGUGCGUCUCGGCACAUCGAUGCAAUCAGCUCAAACCUGCUCAUGGUUCUGGCCGGUUUUCUGGUGACCAUCGGUUGUCUUGUUGCCUCGAGUGCCAUGCACUGGAGCCUAACUGGACAGUUGAUCUCAAAUGUGCCACCCAGUAUCAUUGAGACAUUCUUCAUGCUCAUCCUGAUCACCGGACAGAACGAUGCGGAGGCCAAGGCUCGCAUCGACUUGACAAACAUCUACUACCGGCGGCAGCGACUGCUCUCUUUCAUAAAGCAUGUCAAGACUAUUGAUGGUGAGACUCAGCCCAUAGAAAGUGCUGAGUCCAACUAA